UGCGUGGCGAACGUUGAAUUUAACGGUCGGUUUGGCAGUGAAAGUGGAAAGUGGAAGCCAUCGCCUUGCUCCACAAGCGAAUUGUUUGGUGCGAAAAAUAUAAAACAGAAGGGCAAACAAAAAUUCCAAAAAAUAGCUACAUAUACCAAAAGGAAUAUAUAAAAGUGAAUUAACAAAAAGAUAGUUAAAAAAUAGUGUUUAAACAUUGAGGGGAAAGAAAGUGUUCAAACAGUCGAUUGGAAAAGUGUUCCGAAAGUUAAACUUUAAACAUAAAAUCAAGUGCCCCUUGGAGUUGGAGUCUUCAAAUUUGCUGAGAGCACUUCCGGGUAACAAAAAACAGCUGGACACAGGGCCCAUUUAUGAGUGCGCGAAGUGAAGUACUCGGCAGAUACCAAAUGGAUGCCAUCUAAAAUCAAAGGAAAACAAGAAAUCAAAAAAAUCAGAGGAAAAUAUCGGAAAAAGAACAUCGGGACGUGCAACAAUUAACGGGCGGAAACCGAAAUGUAUAAACAAUCAGCAAAAUGUGCAAAUUCGUGGAGUGCCAAUCGAAAGGCAGCUUGAGUGAAAGUGAAAAACUGCGGCGCGGCCAAAUUAUUAAUUAUCCGGCUGCUUAUUAGCGCAAUUUUCCCAAGGCUCUGGCGCAGACAUUUUGUUUAUGAGCCAAUUUGCCAAACGCAAAUAAAACCGAAACGCUGCCACUCGUGCAUUAAUAAUUUUCCAUAUUCCGUCCCAUUUCCCAUCUCCAUCCCCCUCGAAAGCAACCUACCCCUUCUCGUAUAAACACACCGAAACAGACAGUACGGCGUGUGGCGUUGAAGUGUUUAUUAAAUUGUCUUUGCCGCAAAUGCAAGACAUUUGCCCGACAAGCGGAGUUAUAGUACUUUUCCCUUCGAAAUGCUGGAGCUGCAACUUUGCGGAGACUUUUCAGCCGGCGACUUGAGCGAAAUUCCUAAAAUGGGACACCAGCAAAGAGACACCACGGAUGCGGGACAUCGACAGAGCCGGAGAAAAUCUAGUUGCCGGACUUUACCAACCACAUUCUUCCUGCUGCUCCUCGCCGUUCUACUUCUGAGCAUGGAGCUCGUCGAAUGCGCGCUGCGCAAUGUCAAUUUAAUAAUCGAACCACCGGCGGUGCGACGGGGCCAACAUGUGGUGCUGCGUUGCAUGUACGACCUGGACGGAGCUCCACUGUACUCGGCAAAGUUCUAUCGCGGACAGCUGGAGUUCUACCGCUAUACGCCCGGCGAGUUUCCCAAUACGAAAGUGUUUCCAUUCCCUGGCAUUAAAGUGGAUGUAAGCAGCUCGAAUGCCACCCAGGUACUGUUGCGCAACGUGGGAUUCGGUCUCUCUGGCAACUUUUCAUGCGAAGUGACCGCCGAUGCCCCGCUCUUCUCGACCGCCACCGCAGUGGACACCAUGCAAGUUGUUGAGCUGCCCGAGAAGCGCCCACAGCUUUUCACGGAGCACACACGCUACGAGCCCGGCGAUGUCCUGCGGGCCAAUUGCAGCACUCCCCCGUCGCGACCGCGGGCUGAACUUACAUUUACCAUCAACAACAUGGUGAUAACCAAUGUGGACACCCAGUACAUACGGACCAUCGAUAAUCUGAUUGCCUCGCGGAUCUCGCUGAAGCUGCAACUGCAGGGCGUUCAUUUUUCCAGCGUCAAUCCGGCCAUUUACAAUAACGCUUAUGGCCUGAACUCGGUUUACGGCCAUGGCGGACCGGUUUAUGCCCCAAAUCCGAAUCCAGGAGGAUUACUUCUGCGCUGUUCGGCGCAAAUCGGAGAUCUGUACCAGGAGUACAAGGAAAUCGAGCUUGGAACACCGCAAAAGGAUCCGAUACCGGCACGUGUUACACUCUCAUCCGACUCGAGCCUGAAGAACUUUUUCAGCUCGUAUUUCUCGACCUCGGCAUCGGCGGCAUCGCGACUCCUGCCCGGCGUCUAUAUGGCGCCAUUUAUAAUGGCCAUGCUAGCUGGCUUAUUCCGGCUAAUUGAGGCUGCAUUUGAGAGCUGCGAUGCCAGCCAGAAAUACAAGACGGAAGCCAGACAUUCGAUGGCACAUUCCAUGGAGCGCAAGGAGCAGCAGCAGCAGUGUCCAGCUCCUCUGUCCAGCUGCAGCGCCUUCAAGGCGUCCAGACAGCAACUGGCCUGGCCAGAAUCAAGGACAGAAUCCGAGAAUCUGGCCUAGACGUGUAUGUUACCAGUUAGUUAAAUCCCUAAGUAAUUCAGCAUAUAUACAUUUAUUUUGGGGUCUGUUAACUAUACCUGCGAAAUUAAUAAGUAUUUAAGUGAUCACAUAACAUGGAACGAAAGGCUUGAUUAAACGUUUAUCACGCGAACAUUUGAACAUACUUAAAGUCAUUCUAGUAGUAACAGAACAUUUUAGAAGAGCCAUUUGAAGUCAGAGAUACAAAUUUCAGUUCGAGAUUUAUUAUUUAAGCAGGUCUAGGGAACGCCCCAACUUUGUUAAUUUCAUGUAUCUUCUCAUUUGAUGACUGCUUUUCAUGUUGACUCUUAAUUUUACACCAAAAAAAAAGCCACACUCGAAGAUGUGGUGUCUACUAGCGAGCUAAAGAGAAAAACGAAAACAAAUUAAGUUUAAGCAAACAUUUAUAAACUAGCCUAGUCGUAAAGAAAGAAACCAGGAGGUUGGUCAGCCGAACAGAGGAGUUUGAAACCUAUAGAGCAGGACAUACACAAUUCGAAUAUAAAUGUUUACAUGAACGAGAUAAAGUCAAAUGAAUGAAUAUGCUAAGUACCCGUACAUGAAAUUACCGAUUCUACUUUUAAUGUGCAAAAUAACAGAAAUCUAAGCCGAGCUGAUUAACAAAAGCAGAAAGCCAGAAAUCAAAGGUGUGUGUUCGAAGGAGAGAGGGAGGAAAAUGUGUGUAAAAUAUAUUUAAAGAAACGUAUUAAAUUAAUUUAAUUUAAUUUAAAGUAAAUAAAUCAAAGCCUUGUAUGGGCAUAUUGUAAAUGGUGGUGAAAUUAAAUAAAAUGUGUGU